CUCAUACAACGAUCGACCGAAGUUAGCCACUGGCAACACGAUGACUGUUCAAACCACAAUGAUGACAACAAGGCGCAGCAAGUGCUCCACGGCCACCUCUCUGCUGCUGCUUUGCGCAGCGCUGCUAAUGACCAAGUCCUGCGGCAUUUUGGCAUUCAGCGGCGAUGGCGCAACACAGCUGUCCGAGGGUCAGCAGGCAGCAGCCUUAAUGGAGAUGACCACUCUUGGCGAAGGCAGCGGCUGGGAUCUGAGCAGCAGCACCAAUGAGCCGGAAUUUACGACAGAACGCGAGGAAUUGACAACAACAGGCAUUGAGGAUGUGGAUACGACGACCAAGAGUGAAGAAAUCGAAACCACCGCCAGUCCCAAUGUGCCCGAGCCGGAGACCACCACCGCUAAAGCUGAUGAGCCUGAAGCUGAAACCACCGCUAGUCCUAGCGAACCAGAGCCCGAGACCACCGCUAGUCCCAACGAACCAGAGCCCGACACCACCGCUAGUCCCAGUGAGCCUGAGCCAGAAACCACCGCUAGUCCUAGCCAGCCAGAGCCUGAGACCACCACCAGCCCCAACGAGCCCGAGCAACCUGCCUCCACCAUUGCACCCACACCACCACCAGUGCCCGUCUUUGAGUGCCAGGCCGCAGGUCUCUUCCCUCACAUAAGCGGUGAUUGCCAGCGUUAUUACAACUGCCUGAACAACCCCUUCCUGGGACAGCUGCAACAACUGGAAAUGAUGUGUGCACCACAGCUGUUUUUCUCACCCACUUCUGGGCGUUGUAUGCGCGAUCUAUCCGAGUGUCCAAGCGAUGAAUAUGUGUGCAGCACUCCUGGACGCUUUGCCGGCCAUGAUGAUACCUACUACUAUAACUGCGUGGUGAGCUCGAUGGGUGGUUUCCACAAGUAUGUGGUGCGCUGCUCGACGGGUCAACGCUUCGAGCCGAUGCUGGGUGGCUGCUGGCGCUACGAUUGGACUCUGGUGGGUCCUGGCUAUGAGAAUUUUGAGUCUAGCGAUUUGGCGGCCAUUAAGCGUGAACUGAAGCAGUUCAAGGCGGAGGAUAAGCUGCGCAAGAAGGCCGAGAAGAACCAAGAGAAGUUGGCCCGCAAGCAGCAGAAGCUGGAAGAGAAAAUGGCCAAGAAGGCAGCCAAGGACGCAGCUAAAAAGGCAGCCAAGGAGAACAAGCCCAAGUCCGCAGAGAGCGCCGAGAGUGCCCAAGAGCUAGCCAGCAGUGAGAACUAAUGCCUGACCUUGUCAAGAACUAAAAACAAAAACCCAAAACCCCUCUCCCCCCACAAAAUUUUAACAAUUUCAAACUUCCAUGUUGGUGUAUUGCCUAGUCUAUCAUAGUUAUGCUUGUAAUUAAUUUUUUUUUUUGUCGUUUUGCAUGAAUAAAGACCAAGAGUUCUUUAAUA